GGUACAGGCAGGGAGCUGAGAAUGCUAACAGCACAGGCAGUGGAAUUCCAUGUUCCUUGUAAGUAUGUUACCCUUUGGGGGAACUGAGCUUGCCGGUCUACCUGGAAAGGAAAAGUAGAUUUGGGGAAGGCAGACGAGGUCAGUUCACAAGUGACUUUCUCCUUGGUGAUGGUGAGGACAUCUGCUGAUCUCCAGUGACUGCCUGGUGCCUCCUGGUCAGACUCGACUGUCUCCUCCCAGACACUCGAUUUUGCAAAAGGGACACACCUUUCUGCAGGGAGGAAGCCUCUGGCCAGACUGCAAGCGAUUCACCCCAUCUUUCCAACGCCCCCCACCCUCCUGCUCACCCCCGGAAACAUGGCCUGUCUUCACCUUGAGGCUUUUGCACCGUGAGCCUGAAUUUCCAGCCAGUGUGCUGUAGGUGGCUGUGGAUGCCUAGGCAGACUGAGUCGGCGGGAGCGUUUGUGCAUGAGAAUUGGAGACCAUGGCUGUGCAGCUGGUGCCGGACUCUGCGCUCAGCCUGCUGAUGAUGACGGAGGGCCGUCGAUGUCAAGUACAUCUUCUUGAUGACAGGAAGCUGGAACUCCUAGUACAGCCCAAGCUUCUGGCCAAGGAGCUGCUUGACCUCGUGGCAUCUCACUUCAACCUGAAGGAGAAGGAGUACUUUGGAAUAGCGUUCACUGAUGAGACGGGCCACUUAAACUGGCUGCAGCUGGAUCGAAGGGUACUGGAGCACGACUUCCCCAAAAAGUCAGGACCUGUGGUUUUGUACUUCUGCGUCAGGUUCUACAUCGAGAGCAUUUCCUACCUGAAGGAUAACGCCACCAUCGAGCUGUUCUUCCUCAACGCCAAGUCCUGCAUCUACAAGGAGCUUAUUGAUGUUGAUAGUGAAGUGGUGUUUGAACUGGCUUCCUAUAUUUUACAGGAGGCAAAGGGAGACUUUUCUAGCAACGAGGUCGUGAGGAGUGACCUGAAGAAGCUGCCGGCACUCCCCACGCAAGCCCUGAAGGAGCACCCCUCCCUGGCCUACUGUGAGGACAGAGUGAUUGAGCACUACAAGAAGCUGAAUGGCCAGACGAGAGGCCAAGCGAUCGUGAACUACAUGAGCAUCGUGGAGUCUCUCCCGACCUACGGGGUUCACUACUACGCAGUGAAGGACAAGCAGGGAAUACCAUGGUGGCUGGGACUGAGCUACAAAGGAAUCUUCCAGUACGACUACCACGAUAAAGUGAAGCCCCGCAAGAUAUUCCAAUGGAGACAGCUGGAAAACUUGUAUUUCAGAGAGAAGAAGUUUUCCGUGGAAGUUCAUGACCCCCGCAGGGCCUCCGUGACCAGGAGGACGUUCGGGCACAGUGGCAUCGCGGUGCACACGUGGUACGCGUGUCCAGCGUUGAUCAAGUCCAUCUGGGCUAUGGCUAUCAGCCAACACCAGUUCUACCUGGACAGAAAGCAGAGCAAGUCCAAGAUUCAUGCAGCCCGAAGUCUGAGCGAGAUCGCCAUCGACCUGACCGAGACCGGGACGCUGAAGACCUCCAAGCUGGCCAACAUGGGGAGCAAGGGCAAGAUCAUCAGUGGCAGCAGUGGCAGCCUGCUGUCCUCAGGUUCUCAGGAGUCAGACAGCUCUCAAUCGGCCAAGAAGGACAUGCUGGCCGCCUUGAAGUCCAGGCAGGAAGCGCUGGAGGAGACGCUGCGCCAGAGGCUGGAGGAACUGAAAAGGCUGUGUCUGCGGGAGGCGGAGCUCACAGGCAAACUCCCUGUGGAAUACCCUCUGGACCCCGGGGAGGAGCCACCCAUUGUGCGGAGAAGAAUAGGCACAGCCUUCAAGCUGGACGAGCAGAAGAUCCUGCCCAAGGGAGAGGAAGCCGAGCUGGAGCGCCUGGAGCGAGAGUUUGCCAUCCAGUCCCAGAUCACAGAGGCUGCCCGCCGCCUGGCCAGUGACCCCAAUGUCAGCAAAAAACUGAGGAAGCAAAGGAAGACCUCCUACCUUAACGCACUGAGGAAGCUGCAGGAGAUCGAGAAUGCAAUCAACGAGAACCGCAUCAAGUCUGGCAAGAAGCCCACCCAGAGGGCCUCACUGGUCAUAGACGAUGGAAAUAUCGCCAGUGAAGACAGCUCCCUCUCUGAUGCCCUUGUUCUUGAAGAUGAAGACUCUCAGGUCACCAGCACAAUAUCCCCCUUACAGUCUCCUCACAAGGGCCUCCCUCCGCGGCCGCCCGCGCACGGCCGGCCCCCUCCGCCCCAGUCCCUGGAGGGCCUGCGGCAGAUGCACUACCACCGCAGCGACUAUGACAAGUCGCCCAUCAAGCCCAAGAUGUGGAGCGAGUCCUCCCUGGAUGAGCCCUACGAGAAGGUCAAGAAGCGCUCCUCCCACGGCCACUCCAGCAGCCACAAGCGCUUCCCCAGCACCGGAAGCUGCGCGGAAGCAGGCGGCGGGAGCGGCUCGCUGCAGAACAGUCCCAUCCGCGGCCUGCCACCCUGGACGGCGCAGUCCAGCAUGCCGUCCACGCCCGACCUGCGCGUCCGGAGCCCCCACUACGUCCACUCCACGAGGUCGGUGGACAUCAGCCCCACGCGCCUGCACAGCCUCGCACUGCACUUUAGGCACCGGAGCUCCAGCCUGGAGUCCCAGGGCAAGCUCCUGGGCUCGGAGAACGACACCGGGAGCCCCGACUUCUACACCCCGCGGACUCGUAGCAGCAACGGCUCGGACCCCGUGGACGACUGCUCGUCGUGCACCAGCCACUCGAGCUCGGAGCACUACUACCCGGCGCAGAUGAACGCCAACUACUCCACGCUGG